GCCCUGGUGAGGGUGUCAGAUUGAAUGCUCUGUGCGCAUGUGCGAAGGUGUCCAAACUGACAAUGCUCGGGAGAUGAAGAUAGUGUGUAGCUGCUUCUGGGCUCAAGGAGGAGGAGAGGAAUCCGCAAGCCGACACGAUGAGAUCCAAGGCGAGGGCGAGAAAACUGCCCAAAAGUGACAGCGAGAUUGUAAAUAAUAUGUACGAGACCGACCCUGAUCUCCUUGCUGGCGAAAGUGCAGAGGAGGAAACAGAGGACAGUAUUAUGUCCCCCAUCCCCGUCGGACCUCCAUCACCCUUUCCCACCAGUGAGGACUUCACUCCCAAGGAGGGCUCACCGUAUGAAGCUCCUGUCUACAUUCCUGAUGACAUUCCAAUCCCACCAGAUUUUGAACUCAGAGAAUCUUCGAUUCCAGGGGCAGGGCUAGGGAUUUGGGCCAAAAAGAAGAUUGAAGUUGGGGAAAGAUUUGGACCUUGUAUGACAGUACAGAGGAGCACGUUAAAGGAAACAAACUUCGGAUGGGAGCAAAUGCUGACUGAUCCUGAGGUGACUUCCCAAGAGGGCAAUAUUAAAAAGAUUGCUGAUGACCUGGGAAAUGAGAAAUUCUGUGUUGAUGCUAGCCAGAGUGGAGCUGGGAACUGGCUGAAAUACAUCCGUGUGGCCUGUUCCUGUGACGAACAGAAUCUAGCUGUGUGUCACGUUAAUGACCAGAUCUAUUAUAAAGUUGUUAAAGAGAUUGAGCCAGGAGAAGAGCUCUUGGCGUACAUGAAGGACGGCGGCUAUUCGCUCGGGAACAUGGCGCCCAGCGUGGAAGAAGAGCACACGUUUCGCUGCGAGGACUGCGACGAGCUCUUCCAGUCCAAGCUCGACCUGCGGCGACACAAGAAGUACGCCUGCAGCUCGGUGGGCUCGCUCUACGAGACGCUCAACGAGGAGAUCAAGCAGGAGGGUCUUGGAGAUGGACAGGUCUAUGAGUGCAAAGACUGUGAGAGGAUGUUCCCCAACAAAUACAGCCUGGAGCAGCACAUGGUGAUCCACACCGAGGAGCGGGAGUACAAGUGCGACCAGUGUCCCAAGGCCUUCAACUGGAAAUCGAACCUGAUCCGUCACCAGAUGUCUCACGACAGCGGGAAGCGAUUUGAAUGUGAAAACUGCGUUAAGGUGUUUACGGACCCCAGCAACCUCCAGCGGCACAUCCGUUCCCAGCACGUCGGCGCGCGAGCCCAUGCCUGCCCAGACUGCGGCAAAACCUUUGCCACCUCGUCUGGCCUCAAACAGCACAAGCACAUUCACAGUACUGUCAAACCUUUCAUAUGUGAGGUCUGUCACAAAUCCUACACGCAGUUCUCCAACCUCUGCCGUCACAAGCGGAUGCACGCGGACUGUCGCACUCAGAUCAAAUGCAAGGACUGUGGCCAGAUGUUCAGCACUACCUCUUCUCUCAACAAGCACCGGCGCUUCUGCGAGGGCAAGAACCAUUACAACCCGGGGGGAAUUUUUGCCCCUGGCCUACCCUUAACGCCCACUUCCAUGAUGGACAAAUCCAAGCCCUCUCCCAACCUCAAUCACGCCAGCCUGGGUUUUAAUGAUUAUUUUCCGUCCCGUCCACACCCUGGGGGUCUUCCAUUCACCCCUGCCCCCCCAGCGUUUCCUGCCCUCGCUCCAGGAUUCCCAGGGAUUUUCCCACCCUCUCUGUACCCCAGGCCCCCUUUGUUACCGCCCACGCAACUGCUCAAAAGUCCCCUCAACCACACUCCAGACGCGAAGCUUCCAAGCCCCCUGGGGAACCCGGCACUUCCUCUGAUUUCUGCGGUGAGCAACAGCAACCAGGCCACUUCAGGAGAGGAGAAAUGUGAAAGCAGCCUGGAGAACUCCUAUCUGGAGAAGCUAAAAGCCAGGAACAGUGACAUGUCAGAUGGCAGUGACUUUGAGGAUGUCAACACAACCACAGGCACAGAUCUGGAUACCACUACUGGCACCGGCUCUGACCUGGACAGUGACGCAGAGAGCGACAGGGACAAAACGAAAGAGAAAAGCAAACAGAUGGAGAGCAAGCCGGAUUUUGUCAGCAGUUCUGUGUCUGCAAGUUCCACUAACAGCACCAGCGAGAUCCCUCUCUUCUAUUCUCAGCACUCCUUCUUUCCUCCCCCAGAAGAGCACCUGCUACCGACCACAGGAGCAGCCAAUGACUCUAUUAAAGCUAUUGCCUCCAUUGCGGAGAAAUAUUUUGGGCCCGGCUUUAUGGGGAUGCAGGAGAAGAAGAUGGGUUCGCUCCCCUAUCAUUCCAUGUUCCCAUUUCAGUUCCUCCCCAAUUUUCCCCAUUCCCUCUAUCCGUUUACGGAGCGGACCCUCAAUCACAACUUGCUGGUCAAGGCCGAACCAAAGUCACCCAGGGACCUCCACAAAGUAGGCAGCACCAGCUCAGAGUCACCCUUCGAUCUCACCACAAAGCCAAAAGAGAUUAAGCCAAUCUUGCCACCACCUAAGGUCCUGCCAGCCCCAGCCUCAGGGGAAGAACAGCCACUGGAUCUAAGCAUCGGCAACCGCAUCCGAGCCAGUCAGAAUGGAGGAAGAGAGCCGCGGAAAAACCACAUUUACGGGGAAAGGAAACUAAUGGCCAGUGAAGUCCUACCCAAGAUGUCUCAGUCUCAGCUGCCUCAGCAACCGUCCCUGCAUUAUGCUAAGCCAUCACCCUUUUUCAUGGACCCCAUUUACAGCAGGGUGGAGAAGCGGAAGGUGACGGACCCUGUGGGUGCCCUCAAGGAGAAGUUCCUGCGACCCUCCCCGCUGCUCUUUCACCCCCAGAUGUCAGCCAUAGAAACGAUGACGGAGAAACUGGAGAGUUUUGCAGCCAUGAAGGCAGACACUGGCACGUCCCUGCAGCCCCUCCCGCAUCACCCUUUCAACUUCCGAUCCCCGCCGCCGACGCUCUCCGACCCCAUCCUGCGCAAGGGCAAGGAGCGCUACACCUGCAGGUACUGUGGUAAGAUCUUCCCGCGCUCAGCCAAUCUGACACGGCAUCUGCGGACACACACUGGAGAACAGCCCUACAGGUGUAAAUACUGUGACAGGUCAUUCAGCAUUUCCUCCAACCUCCAGCGGCAUGUUCGAAACAUCCAUAACAAGGAGAAGCCAUUUAAAUGUCACCUGUGUAACCGAUGCUUCGGGCAGCAGACCAACUUGGACCGACACCUUAAGAAACACGAACACGAGAACGUUCCAGUGAGCCAGCACUCUGGAGUCAUUACAAACCACCUUGGGACCAGUGCCUCUUCCCCAAACUCGGAAUCAGACAACCAUGCACUUUUAGAUGAAAAAGAGGAUUCGUAUUUCUCUGAAAUAAGAAAUUUUAUUGCAAAUAGUGAGAUGAAUCAAGCAUCAACUUUAGCAGAUAAAAGGCCAGAAAUCCCGGAUAUUGAUGGCAAUUCCCAGUGUCAUGGAUUAGCGAAUGAGAAAACAGAAGAUGUGGAUGAUGAAGAUGAAGAACUGGAAGAGGAAGAUGAUGACAGCCUGACAGGGAAGUCGCAGGAUGAAACAGUAUCACCCACCGCAGAGCCCCGAGGAACAUUUGAAGAUGAAGAGGAUGAAGAGCCCACAUCUCUCACCAUGAGCUUUGACCACACCCGAAGGUGUAUUGAGGAGGACGAAGCCGGCUUGUUAGAUUUGGAGCAGAUGCCGAAUUUUGGGAAGGGGCUGGAUCUUCGCAAAGCAGCCGAGGAAGCAUUUGAAGUUAAAGAUGUGUUUAAUUCCACCUUAGACUCUGAGACAAUAAAACAGACUCUGUACAGGCAGGCUAAAAACCAGGCUUAUGCAAUGAUGCUGUCCCUGUCUGAGAACGCUCCCCUCCACACGUCCUCCCAGAGCUCCCUGGGUGCUUGGUUGGACAUGGCAGGAGCAGCUUCAGAGUCGGGGACCUUUAACCCCAUCAACCACCUCUGAGAGGUCACCAAGGCACUGGCCAGAGUCCAAGCGAGGAGGCGGUGGUGCUGCAAUUGUCCUAGCAAAAAUCCUGGCAAGCAGAAGAUGGAUGAGAGGGCCUCAGGGAGUCGUCUGGGCUUUUGGCUGGGAAAGAAACCCGUCGCAUCUGACCUACAACUCCUGAAUUUUUAUCUAUCCACAGUUCUCAUUUCUAAUUUAUCAGAAUGAACCUCUCCAAAACUGGAUAACCCUGAUGCAGCCCUAGGAUUUCACAGUCUAAGAGUAGCAUAAACAAGACAUGAAUUGCAACAGUGCAAUCAAAUAUUGGCCCCUUUAAACAUUACAAGACAGUAUGACCGAGCCAGUAGAGCUUGCCUAUAAAUGAGAGCUUGAAGCCAUUUGGUACCCUACCCUUUCAAUUCAGCUGAAUAAUGGAAUAAUAAGGAAAAAAAAAAAAACAGAGCUGGGUGUGACCCAUCCCUGGUGCAAUUCUGUCACAGUCACUGGAGUUGCACCAAGGAAUGGUAAAUGCAACCCAUUUAAUUGACCUCUAAAAGCACGUGAAAUUCUGUACUCCCACAGAAAUACCAUCCUAUCCUUUGUUCCCAACAAAACAUACCCGCACAGUGCAAAGCCCCUUCACUGGGAGGCCACACUGCGUGCAGUCAUGAUACGCUGUAUGCAGUGUCCCAGCAGAGAAAUCUCCAGCCUGGAGCAUUGCUGAGGUUGGAGGUUUUGAAGUAUCAUGCGAAUACGUGGUUCGUGGUCACAGGCCGUGACCUGGAUGCCCUUCUGCCUGUGCCCGCGCUGCACGGUUGAGAGCGCUUUCCGUCUCUGUUAACACCCGUUAGCUCAAGCUGCUGCUCGGACUCGGAGCGUCCCGAGUGCUGCAGGAGAAGCCGUGCUCAGGGCGUCUGCUGGCGAGUGGGGCGGCAGCGCUCUGCCCCGCUCUGGCCCGAAUGCCCUCCGGACUAAGCUGCUGCAAAUGCUUGGGCUUCUCCCAGGCAGAGAGCUCCUGUGGGUAAACCUGGACCUGGAAAGGUGUAGCUGUGUGUAAGAAAGCAUGUACCGUGGGCAAGUCUGGCCUUACGGGCAAUUUAGAUAGGUCUUCUAAGUUAUCCCCCAGCGUUUUUUUGGAGUGACAGCCUUUCAGUGUUGGUAGGAUCUGGGGAGUGUGGCAGAAACUUCCGACUCCAGCGGUUGGUUGGGUUUGCUGGGUGGUGGUUUAUGCAUAGCACACUGUCAUAAUUUGACCCACAAGUUAAAUAGAUUCAAAUCUUGCUUCAGCAACCUCAGAGGUGCAAGCACUCUGUUCAAACACAUAGCUAAGAACAGUACUGGCUCUCUAAGUUGCUUCAAAGUCUCAUCUUUUUUUUUUUUACUGAUGUAAAGCAGUCUCCAGAAAUACUGUGAUGUUUGUGCUAUUCUACCUUGUAAUAACAAUCUGGGGUUGUAGCAGUGAUUUUACAGAUAAAGCUGAAUUACAGAGUAGUCUGGAAAGGCAGGAGAUCUAUGGCAAAGAACAACAUUGGCUACACAGAUAAAGUUUAUGAUAUGCAUCCUGGGAAUUUUCUAGUUACAGCAUCAUAAAAAUUAAAAAAUGCUGUGGGUUGGAGCACUGCCGCGGCUGGCUCGGAGCGAAGACAGGUACGUCUGCGUCUUGCCCGUUGACGUUCUGCCUCAGCAACUUGCUGGGAGGCCAGAGGUGCUCCGACACUCUGGCUGCGUAAAGAUCUCGUUCAGAGCCGGUGAAGUCGAGAGGAACUUUACGUAUUGAUUUCAGCAUACUUAGUGCUGGGUGUGCUUCUGAUAAGUGGUGUAGCUGGUAGUAGCUGCUUGCCGAACUGGGUUGAUGGCUGAUUUGAGAGCAGCUGCACGCAGCGGUCAGUAUAUAAGCCCGUAAAUGCUGGAGAUGCUCAGCCUCUCUGCCUGCUUCGUAUGAAAAAGAACAGCGGCAGCUGCUGUGCCGGCCCAGUGCGGGGAAACGGAGCACGGAGCUGGAUUCCAGCGUGCUGAAGAAAAGGACGCGGCUACUCAGAUCAGGUGGCGGUUCUGUCGGGAGCGGUAGCCUUUGUCAUUCACGCUCUGCACCGAGAGCGGCCGUGAGGCUGGGUUUUGCCAGCCAGGGGCCUCAGACGGUCCCGGAAGGAAGGCAUUUAGGGUGUCUCUGGUGUACCAGGAGCAAAGGGUAAAUUAGCAGCAUCAGUUUAUUUUCCAGGAAAAAAUACCCAUCCUGUUCGGUUUUCUGCAUCACCCUGUGAAAGUGCCCAAGGCUCGGAGCUCAGCAGUCAGUGAAACCCACACUGCUCCAUGUAUUUGCACAAAGCUCUUGGGUAAAUAGAGCCCAAGAGCCGACAACGUCGCAAGAAACCAGGCUCUGAGAAGGGCUGGACCGUCCCUGUCCCAGCACAUCUCCUCCGCCGCCGCUGCCGCAGCGCAGCCCUGCCCAGGCGCUCGGCCUUUAAAUUAUUCCCACAGGGGCCAACGGAAAAUAAUAAAAGAAUUGUUUCUUUUCCUGAUGGAAUUUAUUUUAAUCUGUAUAUAACUUGUAAUUUUUUGCUAAUUCUUUUCUUAUUUUAUUUCUUCCUUAACAGUAUUUUUUGCAUUAGAUAUCAUGAUUGUGAAGAAAUAAUGUUAAUAUAAGUAUGUAGUGAAGGACCAAACUUGUGUAAUUAAGGUUGUAUGUUGUAUGAUUGAUAGCCAGGGAGUAGGAAGAUUUUGUUCAUGUGCCAAAUGACCCCGAAUAACCCUGCUGUUCUUGCUGCCGCUUUUCCAGACAAUCAUGUUUUGUUACAUUUGCGCUCAGAGGACAGUCGCAGUCGGACGAAGGACUCCAUUUAUUUCCCGCGGCGGUGGGGAAAGAGGAGAGGUCUGGGCCAGAGGCAGCCAGGCCCCCGGGCGCCCUCGCGCAGCAGGACGGGGCAGCGCGCGGGGGAGAGGCGCACGGCCCAGCCGCGGGUAGCCGAGCCGGCCCGGGCACGGCCGGCGGCGGGCGCUCGCGGGGCCGGUGCCAGGGGCUGCCCCGCGCUGCCCGCCCAGGCCGUGCUCGGGGCAGCGGGCCCAGGCCGCCGGGCCCAGGCGGCGGCAGGCCGGCGCGGCGCGGCCCUCGGCUGGCGUCCGGCGGGGCCGGGCCCGGGCCCGGCAGCCUUCCCGCGGGGCUUUGCCUGGCGCCGGCUUGGGUCUUCCCUCGGGUCUCGGCACCACUUUCUGGGCCGCGUUUCCCCAGAAGUCGGGGCGCGAGCGGCGCCGGCCUCCCGCGGGGCCCGGCACCAGCCCCGGCAGCAGCGCGGGCGCCACGCGGGCGGGCGCAGACCAGCCGGGGAGCAAGGACGCGGAGAGCGGGUUUAAAACCAUGACAUUAUGUUCUUCCGUUUUGUCUUUCCUAAUACGGUUUGUUUUCCUCCCGAUUCCUCUAGCUGGUGUCUGUGUUUGUUUUUGGAUCCCGACUCCUCUAAUUUAGCACUGAUUACAAGUUUUAAUUUUUCCACAGUUAAGAUAAAUAAACAGAGGCCUCACUGAAUUCCUAUUUAUCUUGUAGCUCUCGUUCAAUUGCACUUGAAAUGUAUUGCAGCUCAUAGCAGAUGUUUAGUUUUUGUUUUGCUUUUUUGGACAAAGCAAUCCCUUGUUUUGAAGGAUGUUUCCUGAGACAGGCAGUGGAGAGGCUGGGAAGCGCCUGGCCUCCGAGCGCAGCUCUCCCUUGACGUGGGCGCGGGAGCGGCCUGGGCCCUCGGCCCCGGCCGGGCGCGGGGCGACGGUGCGCGAGGACCCCGUGCCGCGCGCGUUGCGCUCAGGAGCCGCUGCUAGCCGUGCGGUGCGCCGAGACGCGCGGUUACAGGGGUUUGAACGUGGCCUGGUGUGUGUUUGAAGGCAGGGGCGCCGGUCCGGGUGUGAUUUAAAGCAAGAAUAUUUGUGCACGGCCUGUUUACUGAAUGCGUUUUCACAUCUCUCAGCCAUUUGCCACAGCAGCUAGGGGAGAGCAGGGGGGAGGCGGUGUCAUUUUUUGUGCCACCAGCCCCAAGCGAAGGAGGUUGUCCGCAGCCGACGCUGCAGAACGGCCUCUGGCUGUCCCAGGCUGCUCAGGGCUGCUGCGGUAGAGCUGCACCACGAAGGGCCCUUGCUUCUCCUGAAAGCUGCCUUUGCCGCAGGUCUGUCCGUGUGAGCUGAUUGCAGAAGACACAGUAAGGCUGACGUGUGCGCUUCUGCUUUGCGUCGCCCCGCGGGACCCGGCGUGCCAGGGCCGGUGGUGGGGCCGGCCGGAGCUCGCGGCGCAGGGCAGCGGCACUGCCCCGGCCCGUGCCGGUGCCGCCGGGAGAGGAGCUGGGUCCCCCGGCACGGCCAGGUGGAGAGCGCCCGCUUUGCUGUUUGACGUACGUGGACGCGUCCGCUGGGCACGCAGUGCUCGGGACGAGUGCUUUAAGCGUACCCCGAGCGCGGCAGCGCGCACCAGCUGGGCCCUGCAGCUCGCGUUGCGGGGGACGGGCUGGCUGCCCAGCCCAGGCAAACCCCGCGGGGUUCGGCAGCAAAACGGGCGCCGAGUUUGCUAAACUGCAUUCCAGGACGAAACGCAAAGCUUGAUUUCUGUCUUGCUACAAACGAACUAGUGGGAUCUUUCGAUUUCUCCCUAAUCAGCACUUAGACUUUCAAUAGACAUUCUUGGAAACUGCUUCUUUCUCGCUCCGUACGAAGCAUUUCUGAAAGCACUUGCACAAUGACGUUAACGUGUUUAGACUCUAAGCAUCAAAGCACUGGACUGUGAGCCCCCUCCCCUCAGCCAGUUUCAAUCUACUGACUUACAUUCAAUUUUUACGUGCUGUAUUUUGUGUGUGUGUGUGUGGUGGGGGAAGGGGGAGCAUCAUGGUGUAGGAACUGCGCGUCGCUGCCUGUUCAGCAUCGGCGGGGAGCGAAGCAGCGUGCUCAGAUCAGUGCUGGCAACAUAAGGGCAAAACCCUCUGCUCCUAGAUGAUGGUCGGUAGUGUUUUCAUAAAGCCAUGAAACUGUUUCUCUGUAGUGUUGAGUGAUACUGUGAUUAAAAUGUUAUUGAAUGAUUCCGAGGUUAUUUUUCUCUUUCUUCUGUCGUUGAUUCUUAUUACCACUUUUGGAAGAAGAAUGAAAAAGAAAGAAAGAAAGAAAAAAAGGCAGCUUUGAUUUCCGGAUGUGCAAUUCACAUGUGAACAAAGUAAUUCUGAAGAUAAUUCUCAAUGUCUUUUACAUUCUCGUUGCUCUCUUCAAAGCAAGAGAUGUUUUGCCCUGAUGUCAUUUCCAGCCUGCAGAAGAUGUAAUUUAAAACAUAUAUAUAUUGUGCUUGCAAGAAUCAUAAAUCUGUGCAUCCUAUGUCAUUCCUUUUCCCAUUGUUACAAUACAGAUUUGAUUUAGUUUUUUUCCUUUAGAACUGUAUAGUGUUUUUUUAAAUCAAUUGUAAAUGUCUGGUUUUCAUAUGAUGUUUAAAAAACAUUGAGAAAGAGGAUGGUGCUUGUUCCAUAUCAUUCUUGAUUGUAUAUUGCUUCUGUUAUGUUUAUAAGUAAACUGUGCAUGACUUGUGUUUAGCAGUCAUUAUUGUGUCUGUUUGUGAAAUUUUUAUUAAAAAGAAAAAAAUUCCGUAGAUGCACUUAUUGUAUAUGUGAUUAGAUUUUGCGUCCAAGGCUAGAAGCCUUGAACUGCCAAGGAAGAAAAAAAAAAGAAAAAGUGAUGGCAGUUAUUAAUUAAUAUGAAAUCGCUUUGUUGGGAGCAUAAUGAAAUAAAAGAUAUGGAGUGUAGAAAAUAAUUAAAAAAAGCGAUUUUACAAAUUUCAUUUUGAUGCUUGUGAUAAAAGACAAAUGUACUUGUGUAGAGAAAUUCCUUUAAAAUAAUGAAUAGAAAAAGCUGAUUUUGAGGUUAAUGCUGUAGAAUAGGAAUGUAUACCAAAUGUAAUCUUUCCAAUGCUACAAUGAAUUUAUACAUGAGAUUGAUAUGCAAUAAACCUGUGUGCUUUUAUAA